AGAGAGAGAGAGAGAGAGAGAGAGAGAGCGAAUGAUUGAGCCGCGUUGUUUUUGUUGUUGUUGCUGUUGUUGUGCUUUGCACUAAUGAAUAAAAGGAAAAGCAAAGCCCAAAAGAGAGAGAGAGCAAGAGAGAGAGAGGGAAAGAGCACCAGUACCUUCCUAUUUCUCCUCCGUCGUCGUCGUCGUCCUCCUCCUCCUCCUCCUCCUCCUCCUCGAGAGCUAGAAUACUACGUACUACUACUGCUGCUGAUGAAACUCAACAUGAGGAAGGACGCGUGCGGCAAUGGCGUCGGAGGAGCAUCAAGUACACUCUCCUCCUCCUCCUCGUCCUCCUCCUCCUCCUCCUUGUCCCUGAUCUCCCUCUCCUCCUGCUUCGACAUCAAGCCCCUCGUCGCCACCCUCCUCGGCUUCUCCCUCCUCAUGGCCCUCUGGCAUUUCCAGCCCUACGACUCCCUCCUCCUCUUCUCCCACCCCUCCUCCUCCAAUCCCUCCUCCUCCUCCUCCUGCCCCCAUCUCCCCACCCCCACCAUUCUCACCACUUCCCCCAACUCCACCACCACCACCACCAUUAGCAGCAGCGUUUCCACCCCCGCCGCCCAGCAGCAGCAGCAGCAGCAGCAGCAGCAGAAGACGAAGCUCUCCACCUCUACCUCUUCCUCUUCUUCUUCUAGCAGCAGCAGCAGCAGCAGCAGACAGGAGGAUCCGAACGUGCGGGUGUUCCGGGCGUACGGCAGCGCGGCGGCGCUGUUCGUGCAGAUGGGGGCGUACCGCGGGGGCCCGUACACGUUCGCGGUGGUGGGGCUGGCGUCGAAGCCGGCGCACGUGUUCGGGAAGCCGUGGUUCAAGUGCGAGUGGGUGCCCAACAACUCCAACUCCAGCUACGGUACCACCCUCCGGGCCAAGGCCUACAAGAUGCUCCCCGACUGGGGCUACGGCCGCGUCUACACCGUCGUCGUCGUCAACUGCACCUUCCCCCUCGUCCCCAACGCCGACAACGCCGGGGGAAGGCUCCUCCUCCACGCCUACUACUCCCCCUCCCCCAAGCGCUACGAGCGCUUCGUCGCCCUCGAGGAGCCCCCCGGCUCCUACCACCCCUCCCGCUUCCUCCCCCCUCACCAAUUCGACUACCUCUACUGCGGCUCCCCGCUCUACGGCCGCCUCAACCCGCGCCGCCUGCGCGAGUGGAUCGCCUACCACGCGCGCCUCUUCGGCCCCCGCUCCCACUUCGUCUUCCACGACGCCGGCGGCCUCGGCCCCGCCGCGCGCGCCGCCCUCGACCCCUGGCUGCGCGCCGGCCGCGCCACCGUGCAGGACGUCCGCGCGCAGGCCGCCUACGACGGCUACUACUACAACCAGUUCCUCAUCGUCAACGACUGCCUCCACCGCUACCGCCACGCCGCCGACUGGACCUUCUUCUUCGACGUCGACGAGUACAUCUACCUGCCCGGCGGCCGCUCCCUCCGCUCCGUCCUCGCCGAGCUCUCCCCCUUCACCCAAUUCACCAUCGAGCAGAACCCCAUGUCCAGCGAGCUCUGCGUCCUCCCCGACCCCCAACACGACCACCACUCCCGGGAAUGGGGGUUUGAGAAGCUGGUAUUUCGGAACUCAAUCACUGGGGUCAGGCGAGACCGCAAGUACGCAAUUCAGGCGAAGAACGCCUAUGCAACCGGCGUCCACAUGUCGGAGAACGUCAUCGGAAACACCACUCACAAGACAGAGUCCCUGAUCCGCUACUACCAUUACCACAACUCCAUCAACGUUCUCGGCGACCCGUGCCGCGAGUUUGUGCCGAUUCCGCCGAACGGCAACGUAACAUGGUUCGAGAAAAUCCCCUAUGUCUACGACGACAAUAUGAAACGCUUGGCCGACACCGUCAGGCGGUUCGAGGAGCAAACAAUUGGACCUAUUCAAAUAUAAUAAAUCAUUCUCAUUUGUUACAUAUUAUAUUAUAUAUAUAUAUAGAUAUAGAUAUAUAUAAUCCGGCUUGCUCUUCGGUGCGGUACGGACAUUCUUUGUGGUGGAAAUGAUCGUAGUUCAACAAUUGAGAGCUCUUUUCUUUCCCUUGGGUGGCGGAGGAAACUAAGGAACCAAAGAUAAUGGGAAGGGGCAGGGCGCGCAUUAACCUAUGAUGUACAUGUAUCAAGGUGAGGUUUUGUGACGUUGUUCACGCUUUACAUUGUCUAAUAUAUUCCUGCGUUGUUUCCUAUCAGAUCGAUUUUUCGGGUAACACAGAGUUCUUAAUAAGUCAGAGGAUUUAUGUGUCAAAACCUAUCUAGCUCAUUGUUUCUUGCUCCUUCUUUCUCUCUCUAUAUAUACAUAUGCAUUGCAAGUUGUUGUCAUUUUUUAUUGUUUGCAUUCUAAUUAGAUACUCAUCUCAACUUAUGUUGAAUUAUGAGUAGAACAAUCAGGGCUGAUGAAAUAAUUGGAAGAUGAAUAGGGUGCCCCAUCUCUUCCUUGUGUCCUUUGUAUUUUUUCUUUAAAUUAUUAUUAUAAGAGGAGGUGGAUUCAUUCAAUAAUUGUAAGGUAUGGGUGGUGUUGGUUUUUUAAUGAGGGUCAUUGUCUUUUUGCAACAUUUUAGAAAUUGUGACAUCCCUCAAUGUAAGUCACUGGAAACAGAUGGAUUUCAAUGCAAAGAGUGGUCCAUGGGGCUCACCUACAGCUGCUGCCUUA